GCAAACCACUCCGAUAUCUUUGCCAGGAAAACACCAAAUGGGGUCGCGAAGAGUCAGACAUGACUGAAAAGCUGCUGAAUGACAUUGUACAAGACACCCAUUGAAUUUCCACUGCAGUGCUUCAUUGUUUCAGGAGAGGCAGAGUAUUUCAAAAUGAAUCAUUCCAUUUGAGGAAUCUACAUUGAUAGUAAAACUGAUUGUUUUACUCCUGGAAUGGAGUACUUGAAAGGUGAUCUACUACAAACCAUUUAUUACAAGUGAGAUUACUGUGACCCAGAAAAGGAAUAUUCUGCUUGUUUUUAGGUUGGACAAAUAACAUCUUGGGAAAAAAAUGGAAACUUCCUAUCAAGUUUUAGAACAAUUGCAUAAGAAGAUACUUCUUGGAGGUCUACUUGAAAAUGACAGCCAAGAAUAUGCAUUUUAUCUCAAUCUGCCUUUUUCAGCCCAAGAUUUAUCCACAUCAAAUUUCCUGAAGUGGCCAUGUGUUCAUCGUGGUAACCAAGCUAGUUCUGUCAGCAUGGAUGCUACUCCCAGUCCUGUAGCAUCAAUAGAUUUGAAAAUGAAUUUUCAAGUUAGUAAUCCCAGAGAUAUAAUGCUCCUUCAAUUAACAGUCAUCAAGAUGAUGAUAACCAAAAUACUAUCUAAAAAAGUGGAAUUCAGUAUAAAAGAGAAGUAUACUGAUAUAAUUGAAAUUCUUUUAAAGCCAUAUGAACUGGAAUCUAAACUGAUCAGCACAUUCCACGGUUCUGAUAAGUUGUUAUCUCAUAUGGCUGCAAAGUGUCUUGCCUCACUGUUAUAUUUACAACUAAGAGAAAAGGCUAUGGUAAAUAAAACAUGGACAGCUUUUUGUUUAAAAACUCUUUCUGACUACCCUGAAAGUAAUACAAUUUCGUAUUGUCUCUGGACUCUUACAGCUGUAAUAAAAGAAAUAUUGAAGGCUACAUGUUUACAGAGAGCAGAAAUAUUGAAGCAGUUUUUGACAUCUUUUGAUUUUCUUUUUGAAGCCUUCUACUGUUCAGUUUUUUCUCAGCAUUUUGAAAACUACCAAGAUACAUCACUAAAUCCCAAAAUUACAAAUUUCUUGAUUUGUUUUUUGGAUUUGCUUGAAAUUCUUAUAGCCUCCAGAAUUCACUUGAAGUUGUAUCUUACUUGCCAGAGGAUUUUUUAUUUGAAAAUAUUUUGUGCUUUGGACAUUAUGACCUGGCCUAUUCACUCUUUAGUCAAAAAGAAGUUCAUCAUCCUUCUUAAAAGAUGUCUGCUACAUAAAGUGGGUGAGGAUGUCUUAAGUACUUCCCCUCCCCCUUUAGUUGAACAAGAUCCUUAUUUAGAUAUGGACCUGUCAGCUUUGGGUAAUGCCUUUUUGCAAGCUGUGAAUUUGGGAUGGUUGAAGCAGUUAUCUUUUAGUGGAAAACCCAGCCACUUUGGAGGCAGUGAAGUUCAACCUGGAAAUAGAAGUCUUGUCCCUGACGUCGUUACCCUCAGAGCAUCCAGUUUGGUUUUACUGAAAUCCUUAGAAAUCAAGGUGCAUAUGUGUAUGUCAGCAAAUGAAGUAAAAGCUGAAUUACAGAAAUUCAUGUCUCAGUUACUGACCUUCUUAAAACAGCAUCUUCAGUCCUCCCUGAAAUUGCAUCAUCACUGUGAAUGGCUCUCUAAAAUCUUUAUAGAACAAGACGAUGACAUGCUGGAGGCUGCAAAAGCAUCAUUAAGCAUUUAUCUAAAGCUUACUAGAGCAUGGAAUGAAGCUGCUAAGGGCAUGACCCAAGAAAAAGAAACUUGGGACCAUCAGACACAUGAAAAUGGCUUUAAUCCUCACUGUAUUUUCUUAUUUCUCUUAAAAAAUAUUGGGUUUGAUGCAACAGUUCUCCUUGACUUUUUAAUUUCAUCAGAAACUUGCUUUCUUGAAUACUUUGUUAGGUAUUUAAAACUGCUUCAAGGAGAGAGGAACAAUUUUUCAAAUGUUUGUAAGUUAUUCGAUGCAGCAGAAUUACGAAAUGGUGUUCAUAUUUUCAGUAUUGUCACAUCGCACAUUGAAGAAAGAAGCAGCAACCAGGCUACUUAUCAGCCUCUUUUUUGUGGUACAAAUCGUUAUGCUCUUUUACCCUUGGCUUCUGACUCUACUACUUCUGGAACAAAUAUGGAACAGAAAGACACCGAGACUGUGAAGUCGAAGCAACCCAACUUACUGAUAUGCAUUGAUAAUACAUCUUCACCAGGGGCUUCUCAAAGCCUGGUCAAUUAUGACAGCUCAGAAGAUUCUGAAGAGGAGUCAGUGGAAGAAGAAUGUUUAUCAAACAUUAAACAGACUUCUUUAAACCAUCAAGACAUUACAAAGAUAAGGGAAACUGUCAGUGUGACUGGAGAAAAGAACCAGAGUUACCUGGAAUCUACUGCCAGCCUUCUAGAUCCAAAAGAAUCUUCUACUUUGUCAUCUUUUGGUUGUGAAGCAGCUACAAAUAGUAUUGCCUCCCAAAUUGUAAUAUCUUAUAAAACAUUUAAAUGCUUGAAAGAGCUAGAAAAGGCAAUUUCCCGUUUGCAUAGGAGACAUCUUUUUCCAUAUAAUCCUUCGGCAUUAUUGAAAUUGUUAAAACACAUUGAUGCAAUAAAUAAGACUAAAUAAAAAUCUGCUGGGUUUUUUAUCCAUUUUGA